AUGCUACUACUGUCCUGGCUUGCCUCGCUGGCGCUGCCUAUCGUUGUCGCUCUAGCUAAGGCUAACCAUCACGGACAAGAUGUCUAUAUUGUGGAGUUCAUGGAUCGGAUGCUACCAACGGACCCGAUCUUGGCCCUUGAACAGGGCUUAGCUGGGAGAGGGUUGUCUUGUAACCUUGCACCUCGACACAUGUUCACUACUUCGCUGUUCUCGGGUGUCUCGUUUACAACUGACUGUGUCCACGACGUCCCAACCUCAAAAGCCUCUAUUUUGAGUGCCCUCCGUGCCCUCAAUAUCGUGCAGAACGCUUGGCCAGCUACCUGGGAUACGAUGAAGGCUCGACCUCAGAGACCAGCGGGCUCCCCAUCCAAAGGUUCAUCCCAGCAACCUCUUAGAACUUUCAAACGACGGUCAUCAGACAAUGGCACAGCACUAUUAAUUUCACACGACCACAAUGUCCUCACCACUCACAAAGAUACGGGAGUCGACAAGCUUCAUGCCGAAGGCAUCGUCGGCACAGGGGUACGCAUCGCGGUGAUCGACACAGGAUUCGACCUCAAGGCGCCGGGCCUGGCCAAGACCCGCGUUGCGUACAACUACAACUCUGCCGAGAAUGCCUUCGACUUUGAAGGUGACAAUUGCCUUGACUUCCUCCAUGGCACGCAUGUCCUGGGCAUCAUUGCUGCGGACAGCGAGGAGCGCCGAUUUGGGAUUGUUGGCGUUGCGCCGAAUGCGACAGUGGACCUGCAUGGCUUAGAUUCCUGUGACGGAUCGCGGCCUGGAAGUUUGGAUGAUUUAAUGGCGGCUAUCAUUUCGGCGGAUGAGAGAGGAGUGGAUAUGAUGAUGAUAGGGUUCAACAUCAAGCUUGCUUUUCAGGAAGAACCGGUCGACAGUCUGGUCAGCCGCAUAGUACGCAAUGGCACCGCUGUAACCGUGGCGUGUUCGAACGAUGGCCCCGGCCUCUUCACGAGAGCCUCGCCCGCCAGUGGCGAGGGUGUUGCCGCGAUUGGAUCAACUGACAACUCGGCCACCCCGUACUACACAUGGGGCGCGAAUUGGACAUCUGGUAGUGACCAAGGCAUCUUGCGCUUCGCCCCUUCUUUCCCAUCCAACUUUGCCGCCAACAACAACCUCACUCUCUGGAUGCCCGCCGACCCGGAGAGCUUCCCCAACGGUUGUAAUCCCGCCCCCGGCAACUUUGCCCCGCCGGCUGACCCCGCGAACACGGUGAUGCUGGUCGACGAAGACCACUGCUGGCUUGACCCCAAGAAUGCUUCAACACGCCUCGCCAUCAGUCUGGGCGUGCCUUAUGUCGUGAGGUACCAGUCCGUAAGCACUACGGUGGCGGACGGGAUGCAGUGGGUUCCCAACUUCGCAGAGUUCUCCAGGCGGUACCAGGGCAUUGCCAGGAUCUCAAACGAGGAUGGGCAGUUUCUGAAGUCCCAGCUUGCCAAGGGCAGCAUUCAACUAUCCUUCCCCAGCGACGUCUUGCAGGCUCAGGAGGAUGUCACCUACAGAGUCAACGACAUCUCCGGAGGCCUGGUCUCCAGCUUCUCCAGUUGGGGUCCGACGCCGGAAGGCCGGAGCUAUCCCUCAUUCGUGGCACCUGGCGAGAACAUUCUGAGUACCUUUCUGCCCAAGUACGGAGGCCUUGCGGUGAUCGGGGGCACGAGCAUGUCCAACCCGUUUGCCGUUGGGGUCUUCGCGCUGGUCAAGGAGAAGCAUCCCGACUACGACCCCAAACAGAUUCUUUCUGUAGUGACGACAACUGCAAAGCCUGUCAAAUUCAUCGAUGGGAGCAGAAAGUCGUUUGAAUAUCUGGCUCCGGUAUUCAGUCAGGGUGGCGGGUUAGUUGAUGCGUGGGCUGCGGUCCACGCCGUUUCGCUGGUCAAUGUGUCUAGCCUGGACUUUAACGACACUCUUCACCGGCCCUCGCCUCUUACAUUCACUCUCAAGAAUACCGGAACCGAGACUUUGGCUUAUUCUCUGUCGCACUUAGGCGCAGCCUCGGGGUACAUCCUUGAUCAAGCCGAUUCGUACUCACUCACGGCAGCAGAGGGGCACCCCGUCUAUGCCCAAGUCGACAUCACCCCCUCGUCUAUCGAAAUUCCACCAAGAAGCGCGGCAGUAUCAUCCGCCGCUACAGAAACAAACCUCACAAUUCCAUACACCGGCUUCGGCACGCCGCUCGUCAACCUUCCCAUGAUCAACCCCAACGCAUCGUACCUCGUCAGCGUCGAUCCCGCUACUAAUGUCGACAGCCGUGUCGAGCCCGGCACAACGUUCGAGUGCUUCUACAACGGCAGCAUCCCGAAGCCAGACUGGCCCGCUAGCUGCACGCCGGGCUUCCCGGGGUUCAGAAAGACAUUUGUCACGCAGAGCCGGAACUAUUCGUACGAUUUAGUGGAUGCCACCACGGGCGAUGCCAUCCUCCCGAGGACAUUUGUAGGUACCGCGGAGAGGUACACGGAGCCAUCGGCAUGGUGGGUCUGGGACGGAUCGCAGGAGGAUCGG